UAAAAUUUGUAAAUAAACAUUUUAUGUACAUAAUACAGAAGCACGAUAUCGAAAAACUAUAUACACAUCUAUAUUAGUGGUGCAUCAAAAAGGAACACAUAGUCCAUGGAAUAAAAGUUGGUAGAAAAAAAGAAAAGAUGAUUAGGUCUUUGUUACUAGUGAUGGUAUGUUGCUCCAUUUGUGUAGCAUACAGGGAUUGGAUAGAAGAACCUGGUCCUAGGGUGAAAGCCACCCAAGGUGAGGUUUGGCCAAAACCUCAGCAACAACGAAGCACAAAUGAAGUGAUGGUAGUUCGGCCAUCGGUCUUUCUUUUCGUGAAUGAAGGCACAGCAUGUAAAGAUCUAGAUGAGAUGUUAGUAAGAUACAAAGGCAUAAUGCUUAGAACUUUACCAAUGACUUCGCGCCAUUGUAAUGGAAACAGAAAAUUAUGUCCUGGUCGUAGAAGGAGUUCCAGGAGUUACCUGAAUUCGUUAAGGAUCAACCUGGAAGGUCCAUGUGAUUUGCCGUUGGAUUCCAACAUGAAUGAAACAUGUAAGUAA